UCUCCUUUCUUUUCAAGGUCCUCUAACCUGAACGUGUCAAAUGAUCACAUAUUGAUAUUGAUAACUAAAUUACGUCAAUCCGCCGAUUUUGGAAAUUUCAAACGAUAAUAUCUCGUCAAUUUGCUAUUUUAAGUUUACAAGGUGACCCCUAUCACGUUCAGUGCAUUGUAUCUAAAUUAAAAGUUCCACUUAUCCAAAAUGUCGUUCAAAAAGGUAUCCCAUGUCAUUUUCGACCUGGAUGGGCUAAUAAUAGAAUCGGAAUCUAUUUACGCAACCGUAAUCGGUGAAAUCGCGGCAAAAUUUGGCAAGGAAUACACCCGAGACAUCCGUCUAAAAAUAAUGGGUACCCCGGAACCCGUCACAGCCAGUACCGCCAUCAAAGAACUACAACUACCAUACACUGUUGACCAGUUCCUUGAGGAGUACUUAACUAAAGCCAAAGAGCUUCUACAACACCCUAAACUUAUGCCAGGUGCCAAAGAGCUCAUUGAACACCUCCACAAACACAACGUCCCCAUCGCCGUGGCCACAUCUUCCGCUCAAGACGUUCUAGACGUCAAAAUCCAAGACCACCUAGACUUGAUAUCACUCUUCCAUCACGUGGUGUGCGGAAGUACCGAUCCCGAAGUUAAACACGGCAAACCAGCGCCUGAUAUUUUCCUGGUGUGUGCUUCCAGGUUCCCUGACAAACCCCACCCAGACGAGUGUCUGGUUUUAGAAGAUGCACCAAACGGAGCUAAAGGUGCCGUAGCUGCCGGGAUGCAGGUGAUUUUGGUACCCGACCCUGAUGUUCCGGAGGAGUGGAGAAAACCGGCGACUUUGGUGCUGAAUUCUUUGAAGGAGUUCAAGCCUGAACUUUUCGGAUUGCCGGCUUUCGAUUAGUAAUGUUAAUUAUUAGUCGUCGUUAUGUAACUUGUUUUUAGAUUUAUCAAAAGGAAAUGACAAGACUUUUUAUAGAUUACAAUUAUUAUUUUUAAUAAA